AUUUGUCUAUAUAUCUAACAAAAAAAAAUACUUUUAGUGUGUUUUUAACAAAAGAAAAAAUGGGAAGAGCUCCAUGUUGUGAUAAAGCAAAUGUAAAAAGAGGUCCAUGGUCUCCAGAAGAAGAUGCAAAACUUAAAGAUUUUAUUCAUAAAUUUGGUACUGCUGGUAAUUGGAUUGCACUUCCUCAAAAAGCAGGACUAAGGAGAUGUGGAAAAAGUUGUAGAUUGAGAUGGCUAAAUUAUUUAAGGCCUAAUAUAAAGCAUGGUGAUUUUUCUGAUGAUGAAGAUAGAGUUAUUUGUAACUUAUAUGCCAAUAUUGGAAGCAGGUGGUCAAUUAUAGCGGCGCAAUUACCUGGAAGAACAGACAAUGAUAUCAAAAAUUAUUGGAACACGAAGCUCAAGAAAAAGCUCAUGGGAUUAAUAAUACCUAAUAACAAUUCUUCUUCUUCUUAUAAUAAUAAUAAUAAUAAUUACCAAAAAAAAUUACCAUAUUUUCCAUCAACUUCUCUUCAUCAAGCCCAACAAAAUCUUGGGCCUUUUAUUACAGGCCCAGAACAGCCCAUUAUUAUUCCAGCAGCCCAACAAAACAAUUUGUUCACCAAUAAUAACAACAACUUGAUGAUGAUAGCCAAUAAUUUGCAAAAUUAUCCAAAUUUUGGUGCUACAAAUUACAAUUUGCAAAAUUAUCCAAAUUUUGGGGAAGUUGCAAGUUGUUCUUCAUCAGAUGGAAGCCAAAUGAGUUUUGGUACUAAUAAAGAUAUUAUUAAUAUUAAAAGAGAAGAAAUUAUGAGUUUUGGUGGUCAUCAUGAUGGUGCUAUUUAUGAAGAAAUUAAUAAUAACCAACAAUUUAAUUUUGGUUAUUUUGGAAAUACUAUGCAGGAGAUUGCUACAAGUUGUUGUACCAAUGGCAAUAGUGGUAGUACUACCAAUAGUAGUAAUAAUUUUUUGUUGUACAAUAAUGAUGAAAAUUGUAACAAGUCAAAUGAGAUAGGGAUGUUUUAUUACUAAAAAAAUGUAAGUACAAUUAUGGAAGAUUUGAUAGUUGUGUUGGGGGUAUGGGGGUUAUUGCCAAGUAGAUUUUGGACUUUUUUUCGGGGGUUUUGUGUAGCUCUAUUUUUGUCAGAAUUUAAUGAAAAAGAAGUUUUUGAUUUC